GCCACAAUUGCUGGCCCGGCCCACGACCACGAGCCCUGCCUUACCCCGGAGUCCCGACUCACUCUGUUCUUGAGAAUCUGAAGUUCUGAACCUGCACCUGCAGCAGCAGAGUGCCCGGUCCGGCGGCUCCCCAUUCGACCAUCUCCGGCCGCCGCCCCUCCGUCGGCCCGUCUCCCCAGCGGCAUGGGCACCGUCACGGCCGCCGAUCCGCACACCUCCUUCCUCGCCGACAAGGACGCCAAGGUCUUCGUCGCCGGGCACCGGGGCCUCGUCGGUUCCGCGGUCGUGCGCCGCCUCCUCUCGCUCGGCUUCACCUCCGUCGUCGUCCGGACCCACGCCGAGCUCGACCUCACCCGCCAGGCCGACGUCGAGGCCUUCUUCGCCGCCGAGCGCCCGCGCUACGUCGUCCUCGCCGCCGCCAAGGUCGGCGGCAUCCACGCCAACUCCACCUUCCCCGCCGACUUCAUCGCCGCCAACCUCCAGAUCCAGACCAACGUCGUCGACGCCGCGCUGCGCUCCGGCUCCGUCCGCAAGCUCCUCUUCCUGGGCUCCUCCUGCAUCUACCCCAAGUUCGCGCCGCAGCCCAUCACCGAGGGCGCGCUCCUCUCCGGCCCGCUCGAGCCCACCAACGAGUGGUACGCCGUCGCCAAGAUCGCCGGCAUCAAGAUGUGCCAGGCAUACCGCAUCCAGCACGGCCUCGACGCCGUCUCCGCCAUGCCCACCAACCUCUACGGCCCGCACGACAACUUCCACCCGGAGAACUCGCACGUCCUGCCCGCGCUCAUCCGCAGGUUCCACGAGGCCAAGGCGUGCGACGCCCCCGAGGUCGUCGUAUGGGGCUCGGGCUCGCCGCUGCGGGAGUUCCUGCACGUCGAUGACCUCGCCGACGCGGUCAUCUUCUUGAUGGACCAGUACUCCGGGCUGGAGCACGUCAACGUGGGGAGUGGGAGCGAGGUCGCCAUCAAGGAGCUCGCUGAGCUGGUGAAGGAGGUGGUGGGGUUCCAGGGGAAGCUGGUGUGGGACUCCAGCAAGCCGGACGGCACACCCAGGAAGCUCAUGGAUAGCUCCAAGAUACAAGGCAUGGGGUGGAAGCCUAAGAUCGCCCUCAAGGAGGGCCUCGUCGAAACCUACAAAUGGCUACUUCCAGCAGCACUCCAGUCGCGGAUGCGGAUAACAUCAUCAAUGCGCAACCGGACCCAGCACUAUCGUCGCGGGAGACGGACUCCGUUCCAGCAAAAUGCGAAUGCGGGCGCGAAAAUAGUCCUACGGGCGCGAGAGCCGGUUUCUUCCCGCCAGAAACGGCGAGCGGGAGCGGAGGGGGGAUCCGGACCUUGGCGAGCCUCGGCCCCGCGCCGGGCACCGGCGGCGCAGUGCAGUGGCGACGCGGCGCGGGCGACUGCCCGCAUCAGGAGAAGGAGCCGGUGGCGGUGGCGGCGGCGGCCGGAGGUGCGCGCAGGCAGGGCGAGGCGGGGGCGCGGCGGUAGAGAGCAUGUGCCCAGCGGAGGCGACCGACGACGGGGUCGGCGAGCUGAAGGUCGACGUCCAUCCUCACGCGUCCACAGCGGUACGGCCUUCGGUCCUCCAAGCAUUGAGGUAGCGGGCGGAGGGCGUUGGAUUACAGACCAAGUGAGCAUCAGAACGAGCUGAAGAUGGCCUGGAGAAGGGCAAGAAAGCGCUAGCGCGAGUUGCAGCAGUUCCACGCCCACCAUGAGCUUCUGACCAUGACAACCAUUGUUCAAAUUAUUGAAGAAGAAGAAGAAGAAGAACAUCCUCGCCGCGGCUCUAUAGUUGGCAGGAAAACGGUGCCCAGGGACAGGUUCAGCGGCUAUUGGAGGUUGAUGCAAGAUUAUUUCCUCGAUCCUCCAGUCUUCGACGAUAAUCACUUCCGUUGCCGCUUUCGAAUGUGCAAAGCUAUGUUUAUUGACAUUUGCCAUGCUGUUGCGGCGCGGAAUGACUACUUCAAGAGGAAACCCAAUGCCGUAGGUCUGCCGGGGUUCACCACGGUACAGAAGGUAACCGUUGCCUUGCGUUUGCUUGCAUAUGGAGGGUGUGCGGACCGCCUUGUUGAGUACAUUCGUAUGGGGGAGACCACCAUCCUUGAGAGCCUGGAUCACUUCACUAGGACUGUGAUUGAUCUCUAUGGACAGUCGUAUCUUAGACCACCCAAUGCUGAAGACAUUGCUAGGCUCCUUCGGAAAGCAGAAGAAAGAGGAUUUCCCGGCAUGAUUGGUAGUAUCGAUUGUAUGCAUUGGGAGUGGGAGAAGUGCCCUACAAGUUGGCACGGUCAAUAUAGGGGCCAUUACAAGAAACCUACAAUUAUCCUUGAGGCUGUAGCAAGUUAUGAUUUUAGGAUUUGGCAUGCCUUCUUUGGCAUGCCAGGAUCUUGCAAUGAUAUUAAUGUCUUACAUCGAUCUCCGGUAUUUGACAACCUUGCUAGAGGCAUUGGACCUGCAGUGAAUUUCAAUGUCAAUGGGAGGGAUUACAAUAUGGGAUAUUAUCUUGCUAAUGGUAUCUACCCUCCUUGGGCUACUUUGAUCAAUGGCAUCUCUAGUCCUCAAAGCAAUAAGCACAAGUACUUUACACUUAAACAAGCGGAGUACCGGAAGGAUGUGGAGCGUGCAUUUGGUGUGCUGCAAGAAAAGUAUGCAAUCAUGAAGGGACCAGCUAGGAGGUUCAGUCCAGUGGCACUCAAGUAUAUAGUUGAUUGUGUAAUCAUCCUACACAAUAUGGGUAUUGAAUAUGAGAAAGGAAUGGAGGAAUUGAGAAUUGAAGAUUAUGACGACGCGACAAGGCCAACGUUAGCUCCUAAUCGAAACAUUCCUAAAAUUCUUAGAUUGAUUGCACGACACCGCCAAAUCCAAAGCCGAUCGGCUAAUGAACAGCUGAAAGCCGAUCUGAUUGAGCAUGUUUGGAACAAGUUCGGGGCUCAGUAGGACCACCAUCAUCAUAGAUCUUUGGAGUGGAAGGUGUACCAUGGGGUAGCGUGCUGUGUGUAUUUUGGACAGUUAAUGGAAUGAAGUUAAGUGCUAGGCUGAUCUUUAGGUUUGUUUAGCACCUGUAGAAGUCACCAUGCAGUGUAUGUUCUGUAAAACCAGUAUGUGUACCAUGGGGGUAGGCUGUUGUGUGUAUUUUGGACAGUUAAUGGAAUGAAGUUAAGUGCUAGGCUGAUCUUUAGGUUUGUUUAGCACAUGUAGAAGUCACCAUGCAGUGUAUGUUCUGUAAAACCAGUAUGUUCUGUAUGUAUCUCCUUUUAACUGAA